GCACUGCACUUCGUCACUGGCUCUGCGGCCCUAGUUCCCUCUUCACCCCCUCUCUAGCCCAGUCCUUGGUCCUGCCAAAACAAUGAUGCCUGUUGCGGGCGGUAGCGCCACAAGCGCAGCGGUCAACGGCCCUACUAAGCAGUAUGGAAUCACCCCGCCAGUCUCCUCUGCUGGACCGACACCAAAAGAGGUCGAGAUGACGAGGCUGUUGAUCGAGGAAAUGCAUAAGCAGGGAUGUUACGAGAGCAAAGAGGAAGGCAAGCUCAGGGAAGUCGUUCUUGGCAAGAUUUCAGGCAUGGUGAAGGACUUCGUGUACCGUGCAAGCAUUGCUCGGGGUUUUAGCGAGAGCGCCGCUCAGGCUGCUGGUGGCAAGGUGUUCGCUUUCGGCUCUUAUCGUCUCGGUGUGCACGGCCCAGGAGCAGAUGUGGACACUCUUUGCGUCGUGCCAAAGCACGUACAAAGAGAAGAUUUCUUUGGCGUCUUUGAGCAAAUGCUGCGAGCUAGAGAAGAGGUGACGGAGGUGUCGCCUGUGCCCGAAGCCUUUGUCCCUAUCAUCGGCUGCAAGUUUUCCGGCAUCUCCAUCGACUUUUUGUUUGGUCGCCUUGCGCUUCCCAAGAUUGAGGACAGCUUGUCUUUGCAGGACGAUAAUCUUCUCAGAAAUCUAGACGAGCGCGAUGUCCGCAGUUUGGGUGGCUCACGAGUCACGGAUGAAAUCCUGCGGCUCGUUCCCAAUGUCCAAGUGUUCCGCGAUGCGUUGCGCUGCAUCAAGUUGUGGGCACAACGUCGAGCCAUCUAUUCCAACGUCAUGGGCUUUCCGGGUGGUGUAGCAUGGGCAAUGCUCGUCGCGCGCGUAUGUCAGCUCUACCCCAAUGCCGCCGCAAGCCUCAUUGUCAGUCGCUUCUACAUGCUCAUGGCUCAGUGGAAGUGGCCGCAGCCCGUGGUCCUCAAAGACAUUGAGGAUGGGCCUUUGCAAGUGCGCGUGUGGAAUCCCAAACUAUAUCCGUCAGACCGACUGCAUCGCAUGCCUAUCAUCACCCCUGCUUAUCCCUCCAUGUGCGCGACCCACAACAUCAGCAUUUCCACUCAGAAAAUCAUCACAGCCGAGUUCAAGCGCGGGGCGGAAGUGGCGCAGCGGAUCAUGGAGCAGCAGAGUACGUGGACCGAGCUUUUUGCGCAUCACGACUACUUUUCGCAGUACCGGAAUUAUCUGCAAGUGAUCGCCUCUAGCGGCUCAGCUGAUCUGCAACUCAAGUGGGCAGGUACCGUGGAAAGCAGGAUCAGAGGCUUGGUGAUGAAGCUUGAGCAGGUCACGAUGCUUCAGCUUGCACAUCCUUUCGUCAAGGGCUUCAACCAAGUAUCGCAGUGUCUCAACGAUGACGAGGUGCGACUUGUUGCCACUGGAGAUAUUCCGAAAGAGGUUGCGGAGCGAACGAAAAAAGAAGAGCUUCCUGCCGGAGGUGACAGGGAGGCUCUGCAGAAGAAGGACGAGGAGGCCAAGAAGGCGGAAGCUGAAGGUCAGGGCAGGACAAUUUGGACCACAACAUUCUACAUCGGUCUUCAGGUCAACAAAGCACCGCCCACCGGUGGGGUCAAGCAAAGACUAGAUAUUUCAUGGCCCACAACGGAAUUCACAUCGAAAGUCAAACAGUGGGAGCAGUACGACGAGUCUUGUAUGGGGAUCAGUGUUCGGCAUAUCAAGAGGUGCGUGGGCCCUCGCUGCACCUCUCACACAGAUUUGGUAGUUGCUGAUCGCUGUCAUGUCGUUCUCUCCAAGCUCCGAGUUGCCCGCAUCGGUCUUUGGCGCACAGGGAAAACCUGUAGCCAAAGCGUCCAAGAGCAAAGGGAACAAGGUGCGUCUUGAAAAGCUCAGCGCGACUUUUGCCCGGCCAGCUGCACUCACUUGUCGUUCUUCUCUUCUCGGCGCGCCCUGACUCGUGCGUUGCACUCAACGUUGACUUUUUGUCGGUCGUCACAGAACAAGACUCGCGCGAGGGAAGGCUCUGCCGAGGCGCCAAACGCAGACGCCCCAACCAAGAAGCGACGGUCGGUCAAGGGCAGAAGUCCAUGAUGGCAACACGUACGUGUUGUUACCGCGCAUCCAGCUGAGCAUCACAUUUGGUCCCUGCUUUCCCACAGUGCGACCGAGGAAGGUU